CCUUCCUUCGUCCUUCUCUUUUGCCGCACUUUUUCUUCAGGUACGACAAUGAGUCAACCCUUGAGGAGAGGCGUCGGGGUCCUCCCCACGACCCGAGCCCUUUCUGUCCGGGCGCGACAAGGGGCGCCUUUGCUGCACCGCGCAUGGCAGGCAAGAGGCUUUCAGAUUCGCGCUGCCCCCGCCGAACAGCCUGCCACGGCCAAUGGUGAUAACCUGCCCGUGGCUGGUCCGCCUAGCUCGGCGGAAUCGAAAGAUGCUCGGUUCGAUGUCAUCGGCGCGCCGCACUCCCUCCUCUCUGUUUCGCUAUCCGCCUCGCAGAACCUAUACACUCGACGAGGAACCCUGGUUGGAUUAAGCGGGAAGGCUGAUAAUGUGGUUUCGACGUUGAGCGUGCUGGAGCCUUUUCGACGAGCGGCUGUUGGCAUCCCGUUCUUGUAUCAGAAGGUAUCUUCGGCUAGCCCGGUCACUGCCUUAGUCUCCGUGCGAUCUCCGGUUACUUCGUUUGCGGUUGUGCACCUCAAUGGCUCGGUGGACUGGAUGGUGGCCCAGAGACGGGCGCUGCUUGCUUGGACGGGGCGUUCCUUAUCCGUCAAGCCCACCAUCAACACAGACUUGAGCGUGGCUCACUGGGGUAGCUCCGAGGUCACCGGUAGAGGCCUAUUGGCCCUUGUCGGCACCGGUCAGUUGUAUUCGAUUGAGCUGAAAGACGGUGAACAGUACAUUGUGCACCCGAGUAAUGUCGUGGCUUACACCAUCUCCUCCAACCCCCCUCGUCCCUACCGCUUCAAAUCCACGACUCUGAAAUUCCAAGUCCCCGGCCUCAAGAGCCUGCCGAGAUUCAUCCAAGACUCCAAGGUUGUCCGAGACGUAUCGGACUCGAAGGCGUGGAAAACGACGAUGAGCUACCUGCACAAGCUCCGGACGUGGUCUCGCAUGACCAUCUGGGGAGACAGGCUCUUCCUUCAGUUCGAUGGCCCGACGACCAUUCUGCUCCAAACCCGUGGCCCCAGAAUCAACGAAGUCCUCACUCCCCACGAGGUCAACGAGAUCGCAGACGCGCCGAGAGGAUUGACCAUCGGCCCUGCGAAGCCCGCCGAGGAGAAGAAGACCCCCUCGUCCGAGGAUGAGGAGUUCCGAAAUACGGCCGAAAAGGCAGUCAACGCGGCGCCCGCGCCUUCGAGGUCGGUAGAAGACCUGGAAAUGGAAGUCAAGGGAGCCGGCCAGAAGAUCGCCCAGCUUACCAAGGACGGGGAGGUCAUCUUCACCAAGCCGGAGCAGAAGAAGAACUAAAUACCAAAAUUUGAUUGUUGACUGUUGAUUGUUUUGUUGUCUUCAUGCGUGCAGUGAAGAGCAUCCCUCCAAAAUUUUCAUUUGCAGGCUCAAUGUACUGUACUAUAGACUAGUUUGUGUGUUUGAGCAUAGCCGAGUUUGGCAUGGAUUUCUUG